AUGCAUUCUUUUUUAAAUAAAUGCUUCAAAGUAGAUGGAAGAAAUAAUUCUGUAGAUGAAGAAGAGAGUAUCUUUGAAUCUUGUAAGAUAAUAAAAAGUUUAAAUAAAGGGAUAGAUGGAGUAAAUUAUAUAAACAAAAACAAAAUAGGAAAUGAUUAUUUUUGUGGUUUUGAUAAUUAUGAUAGAAAUAAUUCCAUUGAAAUGAAAAUGACUGAUUUUAACAAAGUAAAAGUGGAAGACAUUAAUUUGAAUGCAUAUUAUGAAAAUAAUUUUAAUAAAAUGUUUGAUAUAGAUUAUAUAGAUUUUCCUAAUUAUUUUUAUAAAGCAAUUUUUUUGAAUUUUUCUAGUUCUUUUAUUGAAUUAGAAAACAAAGAAAAAUUUUCUUCUGAAUAUAUAGAUAUAAUGAACAAAAUAUACAAUGCAAUCAAAAAUCAAAAAUUUGUUUUGCUACAUAAAGCAAAUUCGAUUCCUCAUCAAAAAAAAAGUAACAAUAUAAAUUAUAAAAAUGGAGAUGCUUUAAUAUGCAGUGAUAAUAUUAUCGCUAUAGCUGAUGGAGUUUCCUCUAUAAAUAAUAGUGGUAUUAAUGUAAGUAAUUUUUCAAAUGAAAUUUUAAAAAAAUGUUUAAAUUUACAUUUAUAUAGAUGUGUUAAUAAUGAAACUUUUGAGAGUCAAAAUAAAAUGAUAUUUAAACAAUAUAAUUUAAAAUAUAAAAAUGAUGAAAUAUUAAAACCAAUAGUUUGUAGAAGUGCAUGUUCAGCUAAUUUUUUGGGAGCAUCGACACUUUUAUUUUCUGCAUUAGAAAAAGAAAAGUUGCAUAUAUGUAACAUAGGAGAUUGUCAAAUGUUAAUUGUGAGAUUAAAAGAAAACUAUUUAAAAGAUAAAUGUAUAGAAAAAGUUCAAAUAAAAGUUCAAACACCAGAAGAAAUUUUGUAUUUUAUGAAGGAUGAAAAAAAUCUUGAAAAAAAUGAUAACAUUUAUAGUUUAAAAAGUCUUCAGGAAAAUAAUAGUAAUAACAUUGUAGUGAAUAAUGAAAAAACAAAUAUGAAUGAUAAAAAGGACGAAAAUAAAUCAAAUUAUAAUAUAAUGAAUUUUGAAGUAUCACAUAAUAAUUCUCACAAUAAUAACUUACAAGAUAUUAAUAAUCAUAACACAUUAAGAAAUAAUAAAGGUAUAUUAAAUGAUUCAUAUUCAAAAGGAAAAGAAUUUUACUAUAAUGAUUUUUUGAGUGAUCUAAAUAUAAAGGAAUCAAUUAAAGAAGAUUCAGAAAUAAUAUUAUAUAUUGAAGAUCAAUUAAAUGAAGAUAUAUUAGAAAAUUUUGAAAAAUAUCUUUCUAAAAGGAGUUAUAAAAUUGAUAAUUUAUUAUUCAGAAUAGAAGAUGAUGAUUUUUAUGAUAAUUCUAAUAUAAAAUCAGAAACUAUAAUAUCAAAUAAUUGCUCUUCUACUACAGAUAACGACCUUUCAGAAAAUGAAAGAAAUAAUAUUUCUGUUAAAAGCACUCUAGAUAAUAGUGGUUAUAGAAAUUUGUUAAAUCUUUUUGAAUUUGAUAGAACAAAUAUAAUAAAAAUUGAAAAUAACUACUCAGAAAAGGAAACAGAAGAAAAAGUAAUGAAAAAAGAAAAAGAAGAAGUAGAUAAAGAAGAAAAAGAAAAAGAGAACAUAGUAGAAGGUAGAGAACAUAAAAAGGAUGAAUUAGAAAAAGGAGAAAGAAAAAAAAUGAAAAAUGAUAAAUUGGAAGAAUUAAGAAAAGAAAAAAAUGAAUCAGAAAAAGAAAAAAAACAAAAAAGUGAAUUAGAACAGGAAGAAGACGAAAUAAAAAAAAAAAAUAAAAUAAAUAAUACAAAUAUCAAUAAUUUUAAUGAUUACAGAUUCCGUUUUUAUAAUGAUGAUAUAAGUAAAUUUGAUAUUAUUUUCAAAUCAAAAAUUCAACAACAUUAUUUCAAUUGCCCAUAUCAAAUAACUUUUAUGCCUAUAAACUUUAAUAAUUUGAGAAAUACAAAAUCAGAUAAUUCAUUUAAAGGAAAUAUGAAAAUGAACAGAUAUAAUGAUAUUAUCACAAAAUGCUUAAAAUAUUGUGAAUAUUCUAGUAUUAAUAUUAAAAAUAAUGACAUAAUUAUAAGUGGAAGUGACGGACUUUUUGAUAAUUUAUAUGAUGAUGAUAUUAUGGAAAUAAUAUUUAAUAACUUUUAUGUUUUAAAAUAUAAUAAGUUUGUAAACUUGAAACAAUUUAUAAAUUUUUAUAAUGAAUAUAAAAAAGUAUUAAAAAACUUUAAUAAAACGAUAAGUAAUAAUUUUAAUAAAAUAAAUAACUUUAAACAAACAUUUACAGGUCAUUUAAAUGAUUCCUUCGAUAUAAAGAUAAGUAAUAAUUCUAGAGAGAAUGUUAAAAUAAAAAUUGAAAAUGAUAUAAAACAUGGGAUAUCAAAUAUAAGUUGCAAUUCUUUUGAUAAUUUUUUAAAAGGUGAUAUAAAUGAAGAAAACAAUAAUGAUAAUAAUAAUAAUAAAGAUAAUAAUAAUGCUAAUAAUAAUGAUAAUAAUAGUAAUAAUAAUUCUACCACUACUGGUAAUAAUAAUAAUAAGAUAAGUAAUAAUAGUAAUAAUAAUUCUACCACUGCUGGUAAUAAUAAUAAUAGAAUAAAUAGUUGUUAUAUGAAUAUUGAAGAUAAUAAAAAUUACAUCAAUGAUGAUAUUAAUAUCAUGCAUAAAGAAAAACAAGAGAAUAAGCCACCUCUUGAGAAAAAUACUACUUAUAAUAACUCGGUAAAGGCAAAAAAAAACAUAAUUAUGGAUAAUCAUAAUAAAAUAGAUAAUUUAUCAAAUAAAGAAAAUAAAUAUAAUUAUUUUUUUAAUAAUAUUUAUAAGCGUAAUUUGAAUUAUGCUAAAAAUAAAUUAAAGUUCCCUCCUAAAAUAAAAGGAAAGUUUUUUAUUAAAAUAAAGAAUAAAGUUCAAAAUAUAACAAAAUCAAAUAAUAAACAAAAUAAUAAAGUACAGCAAAAAAAGGAACAUUCUAUUCCUCAUGAUUAUAAAAAUAGCAACACAAAAAAUGAUGUUUCUAUAUUUAAAAAAGGAAGUAAUUAUAAUGUUUAUAGUAACAUUAAUAAUUUAUCUAACACUGUUAUUAAAAAUAAAUGUGAUAACAUUGAUAGUAGAAAUUCUGUGCACUCUGAUGAAUUAAAAAAUAGUAAACAGAAAAAUUUAUAUGAAAAUAUAGAAUAUAUAGAAAAUAACAAUAAUUCAAAAAGUUCUAUAAUAAGCGAUUCAUAUGUUGAUGAUUUAGAUUUUAACAAUUUAAAUAAAUUAUGUGAAAAUGAAAAAAGACAAACAACUAUGGAACAAAUUAUUGAUGAUGAACUUAUAUCAUUGAGAAAAAAAAAAAUGAAUAAUUUAGAAAGAUGGGAAAAUAAAGAUAACACUUUUCUUGAACCCAUAAAUGAAAAUAUAACAGAUUAUAAUGUACAUAAUAACCGAGAAGGAAUAAGUUAUAAUAUGAACGAAAUGAAAAAUAUAAAAAAAAAAAAGAGAAUAAUUGUUGAAAAAAAAAUAGACUGUAGUAAAUUUUUAUAUGAACCAUCGGAUUUUAUCCUAUUUGAUAAAUAUAAUAAAAUAUAUUUAAAUACUAAAAAGGCUUGUGAUGAAAUUUUAGAAUUAUCAACAAUUCUAGCUAAUCAACAAUUAAAUUAUACUUUGUUAAAAAAAAGACGAAUAAAAUAUAAUGAUAAAAUAAAAAACAAUAGAGAUAAUAAUAAUAAUAAUUACUCAAAAUUAGUAAAUACAGAUGAAGAUAAAAAAGGUAUUAAAAAAAAAAGUUUUAAUGAAAACCCAUCUUCAAAUUCUCAAGAAAAAGAAGUUCAUUUAUUUGAUAAAGUUAACUAUGAAGAUAUACCAUCAAAUAAAUCAAAUGAUAAAAUUAUUUUAACACCUAUAUCUGAAUUUAUUUUUGAUAAAUAUAAAAAAUAUUUUAAUAUGGGAAAACCAGAUGAUACAACAGUCAUAGUUUCUGUUGUUAAAGAAAAUAAAUAUAAUGCUUAA